AUUUUAUUGUUCGUAGGUGUAUGUUUUGUGCUAUCGUUGUCGUUGGCUCGCAGCGUGGAUUCAGUUUAUGAACACCUGGAGCACGAAACAAGCAGAAGAGAGAAGAGAUUUGUGAAUCUCUCCCCAGGGCUGAUCCCAGCUAAAGCCGGUGGUGCGUCAGCUGUUGGUGCGUUAGCUGCUAUGGGUACAUUAGUCUUGGCGAGUUUGUUGCAAGCCUCAUCACAAUCAAAAGCAUGGGGAGCUUAUAACGAACCGAGAUACAAGCGACCCCGAUGCACAACUACACGCAGUUCUACUACUACUAAAGAGGUUCAGAAGGGAAUCAAGAAAACUGCGAAGGUUGAAACUGAAUCGGAACGAAGGGAAAACAAUGGCAGCGACUGCUCCUUGCACGUCACUCAUCCAUCUGUGGAACAGUACUUGCCGGUACCGUUGAGUGCUGAACCACCCUAUACAAUAAUCAUCCCACGCAAAGGGCAUAUCCACUUGAGACACGGACAGACUUUGAAUUUGGUGUGUCCAGGCGAGAAAAACAGGUUAUCACUAGAUCCGACUGAGAAGAUCCACGAGCCCCAAUGUGAGAAUUUGAGCAUCUUAAAGCUCAACGGCAUCAAUCAGCCUCUAUCCAACUUCAAAUGCUCGAUCAUAGUUAAGGGCCAGGUGAACAAACAGCUUCGACCAUGCGCUAGCGGGAAGGGUACCCUAUAUGACAUCGGACACAAAUUACCAUCUGGUCAGUGGGUAGGCUUGAUCACCGUGUGCCACGACUCGAACAGCGGCAGUACUUUCUACACCAAACAUCAAUUGAUCGGAUCAGAAAUCGAAUACGCUUCCAAGUCUACCUACAGACCAGAAUUCAGCAAGGAAGGUUUGGGUAUUGAUGCCAGCUACAUGUAUCUCAUUAGCUCUCAGAAGGAAGCAUUCACCAUCACCCUCAACUCCACCGAUCUCGCGGAUAUUUACAUCAGACAGAAUUCGUUUUUGGUGAAGGGACACUUAGCACCUCACGCCGAUUUCUUACUCGCCACCAGUCAAUAUUCCACCUACUUUUAUCUAAACGCCGCACCGAAGUGGCAGAGCGUGAACAACGCCAAUUGGAAAAGCCUGGAGAUGGCGGUGCGGAAAAACUCCAGGAGUUACGGCACCGUGGACGUCUUCACCGGCACUCACGGUCUUCUGACUUAUCCCGAUAUCAACAACAACCCACAACCCAUUUAUCUAGGGGGGAACGGGGUGCUACCGGUCCCCAAACACUUCUGGAAGGUCGUGCGUAGUCACAGGGAUAAUUCGGGGAUAGCUUUCGUGGUAAUCAAUGACCCUUUCCUGAAGGAUGUCCCGAAAGCCGAACAACUGUUGUGUCCCGAUAUAUGCGCCGCUGCUGGAUGGGCCAACCCCAACUGGGCCAAGCCCGAAAAAGGGUACCUUUACUGUUGUGAAGUUUCUUCGUUUAGGGAAGCCGUAAGCGUCGCGCCGCCGCUGGAGGUGGCGGGUAUUUUGAGAGCAGUCGCUCUAUAA